AUGGACAUAUCGAAAUCUUUAGGUUACAAAGAUUUUUUAUGGGCAAUUAAAUUAAACCGUCUGAGUUUAGACUUUAUCGGUUUAUGGCCUAAAACUGAUGAAGUCGCUAAAAAGAAACUCGGCUCUGACAUUCGUGCGGGUUUUGCUUUUAUUAUGAUGGUUUUUGUCUCUGGUAUUCCUCUUGUACAUGCGCUUAUACGAGUUUGGGGCAAUAUGACGCUAAUGAUAGACAAUUUACGUAUCACAUUACCCGUUCUAACAAUUUGUUUACAAUUUGUUAUUAUGCGGUGGAAACAAACAGUCAUAUCAUCCAUCAUAAAAACGAUAGCGGAAGAUUGGACAGCGACAAAAUUAAACACGGAGAGAGACGUGAUGAUAAAACAAGCACGAAUUGCACGGCUAAUCGUAAUCAUCGUAUGCGUUAUAAUGGGAUUGGCAUUUGUCAUACUAAUUUUUUUUCCUUAUUUUGGCAUACAAAUUAGACAUUUAACGAAUCUUACGGAUCGUAACAAACCGUUACCGCUACAGACGUAUUACAUCUACGAUACCGAUAAGGAUCUGCAAUUUGUGCUGACGUUUUUCUUUCAAGUCAUACCCAACCUUCUGGUAUUAAUAUCUUACGUUGCGAUAAAUACAUUUUUAGCAUUUGUGAUUCUUCAUAUUUGCGGUCAGUUAGAGAAUUUCAAGUGUCGAAUAGUCAAUUUGGUCUCGUGCAAAGACUUUGACAGAGCUCUGAGUAGCAACAUAAUGAUUCAUUUACGUCUUAUCAGAUACGCCAAUAGUAUUGAAAAUACAUUUACAUUUGUAUUGUUUUUAUCGGUGCUCUUGUUUGGUGUCAUAUUUUGUCUAUGCGGAUUUGCAUUUCUUACUGUGAUUAAAGAUGAAAACUUAAACUCUAAAACUUUUUCAAAAAUAUGUUACUUCGUUAUUAUUGUCCUCAGCCAACUUAUGCAAAUAUUUUUCUACUGUUUUGGAGGAGAUUUAAUAAUAGCACGAUGCGCCGCUAUAUACCGAACUAUUUGCGAUCUUGAAUGGUAUACAUUGGAGUCACGCAAAGCGAGAAACUUUAUCCUACUAAUGUUACUAGCCAAGGAACCUUUUCGUAUUACCGCGGGAAAAGUUCUUCCGCUAACAAUGACCACUUUUUGUAGCCUAUUAAAAACAACGGCUAGCUAUGUAUCUGUUCUGCUAACAACGCAGAGUUAA